ACCCAGGGCAGUGUAUAUAUAUGGCCAGCUCCAACAGGCUUGUCCUAGACAAUUAUCUGCUAUCCCUCAAACUCCCAUCCCUAUCAGCUCUCUGACCCGUCAAUAUGGUGUGUUGUUGUGCCUGUCGAGUUCACGCACAAGACUCCACCCCACCAGCCCCCUCCGUAGCAUCUCUUAGCCAAGGAGACGUACCCACAGUCCCAGAUGGCGGACAGUCCUUCAACCCCCCUGAUACCUACAUUACAGAAUUAUCAUUGCAGCAAUCGGACAGACCCUCUUCCUCUGGCCAGACAUGGAGACGGCCUCCCCAACAUCUAUACAUGGAACCAAGGCCUAUAGAUCACGCCAUAUCUAACACGGUGUUGCCACAUCCCCGGGACUAUCCAGUUCCCCGUCCUCCAUUCGACCAUACUUCACAUGCUGCCCAGCAAGGUAUAAUUCGAGGUCGUAACGAGAAACCAUUUUCUUCUAAUGCAUAUCUCCAAGUCCCCCAUGAUAGGUUCCAACACUCUCCUGAGACAAUCCCAAGGCCCAACGUUCAUCCGGACGUUGACCAGCCAAUUAAGUGCAUUGAACGGGGUUUACGUAAGCUAGAGACAAAUGAAGAGGUAUGCAGGCGUGUUUUGCGUCAACAUCGUAAGACUAGCUGGGACCCUUUGCAAAGAUUUCUUUUGGAGCCUUCUUUAGAAUGCGAUUUUCUCUAUCAUGCCGAAUACCUCGAUUAUAUCGAUCACAUUGGAAAUUCACGUUAGCCAAUAAAGGAAAGGGUAACGUCAUUGAUUGGUUAUUGGCUCGUUGGCUCCAAACAAA